AAAAGAAGAGAAAAGGAAGAGGGGGAAGCGAGCAUGGCGUUGGCAUUCGAUGAGUACGGUCGUCCCUUCAUCAUAAUCAUGGAGCAGGAGCAGAAGGCACGCCUGCGGGGCCUCGAUGCGCAGAAGGCCAACAUCUCCGCCGGACAGGCGGUCGCGCGGAUCCUCCGCACCUCGCUCGGCCCCAACGGUAUGGACAAAAUGCUGCAGAGCCCCGAUGACGACGUCAUCAUAACAAAUGAUGGGGCAACAAUCUUGGAGCAGUUGGAUGUAGAUAAUCAGAUUGCGAAGCUGAUGGUGGAAUUAUCACGCAGUCAAGACUAUGAAAUUGGUGAUGGUACCACUGGAGUUGUUGUUUUGGCAGGCUCACUACUUGAGCAGGCAGAGAAACUAUUGGAACAUGGUAUUCAUCCAAUUAGAGUUGCCGAGGGUUAUGAAAUGGCCUCUAGGAUAGCUGUGGAGCAGCUUGAGCACAUAUCACAGAAAUUUGAAUUUAGUGCACUAAUAUUGAGCCAUUGGUGCAGACUUGCAUGACAACUUUAUCUUGGAAAAUUGUUAACCGCUGCAAGCGUGCAUUAGCUGAGAUUGCUGUUAAGGCAGUUCUCGCUGUUGCAUGCAGAUCUAGAGAGGAAAGAUGUUAAUUUGGAAUUGAUCAAGGUUGAAGGGAAAGUUGGUGGAAAAUUGGAAGACACAGAACUUAUUUAUGGUAUUGUGGUUGAUAAAGAUAUGAGCCAUCCUCAAAUGCCUAAAAGAAUUGAGGAUG